GCAGAUUUUGGAUCUGACUGAAGUCACUGUUACUUUGGUUAUCGGGAACAUGCCCUACGGUGUGGGAAUUGUGGAGUUAUUGGACAUGUGUGGAGUUUUAUCAUUCUUUGGUAUUACUGAUUAACUGUCGUUCCGAGUCUAAUCUGAGACUUUUGGCACCACCUCCACUCUUAGUACCAGGACUGCUGACUUGGUCAAUGUCACAGGGGCGUGGUAGAGAGAGGAAAUUAUGGGGGCCAUCUUAAAUGCAAGGGGUGCGACCCCCACACCUCUCCACUGACUCAUCUGCAGACCACUACAACUAUGCACCUGUCCGUUCUCCUGCUCGUCCUAGGGGCCUCUGUGGCUUUUGGACUGGAUGAUGAUAAGAUCGUGGGAGGGUACGAGUGCAAGCCUCACACCAGGCCUUGGCAGGUGUCUAUUAAGAACAGCUGGCAUUUCUGCGGAGGGACGCUGGUCUCUGACCGCUGGGUGGUCUCUGCGGCCCACUGCUACAAGGAUGCUAGUGAGAUCACUCUGGUGCUAGGUGACCAUGAGAUACGCUACGGCGAGGGCUCUGAGCAGGAAAUCGCCGCCGAGCUGGUCAUCAGGCAUCCUGACUACGACCGCUACAACAUCAACAACGACAUCAUGCUGGUCAAGCUGGCGAAACCUGCCGUUCUGAACGAGUUUGUGCAGACCAUGGCACUGCCCACUUCCUGUGCCCCCGCUGGCACCCAGUGCCAUGUCUCUGGCUGGGGGUCUACCAAUAGCCCCUUUGGCUGCAGGUGGUGUCUGAACUGUCUGGAUUUGCCCAUUCUGUCCCUGGAGGACUGUGAGAAGUCGUACCCCGACAGAAUCACCUCUUCCAUGUUCUGCGCUGGUUUUCUGGAGGGAGGAAAGGACUCCUGCCAGGGGGAUUCUGGUGGUCCCUUGAUCUGCAACAAUGAGCUACAAGGAGUAGUGUCUUGGGGUUGGGGCUGUGCUGAAGCAAAUCGUCCAGGAGUCUAUGCUAAGGUCUGCCAAUUCACAGACUGGAUUAAAACUACUAUGGCCUCCCAUUAAAGCAUUGGACUGGUUGAAGGAAAUGACUACACCACUCUGAUGCUUUCUACACCUGUUCUCGAAAGAAGCGCAAAGACCUUGCUGUGUGUGCAUAUCAUUGUUCCAUGUUUACCAGUUCCAGUGUUGUGAUACAAAA